CUGGUUUUGUGAAGUGAUCACUUAGGUCAAGAGUCAUGACGCACGCAUGCUUAGUUGCUUACCUCAUGUAUAUGGCGCUGAAGGAAAUGAAAGUCUCAUUUGGCAGACGGCCAGACCAUAAAUCUCUAUAACGUAUAGAUGUUUCAGCACUUCAUUUUUUCUUCGUUAGUACUUUUAUUUUCAUAUUCUGUUGCAGUUGCAGUUGCCCCUCAAGAUUUUCUUAACCCCCUGAAGCUCUCGAUUUCACCUGCUUACUUUUCUGUUUUCCGAGGCUGUGUUUUGUUUCACUGAAGCAAUUCCAGUGUAGUUCCCAAUAGGGAAGUCAUUGGUGAACCCUUUAGUGAUGACUUCUUGCUUUUCUUUCUUAUGUGGUAGAAGAUCGAAUCCACCAACAAGACAUUCAUCCGAGCUUGGUGACGGUAAACUCCAACAGCUCCCUGGUGUCCACAAUGUUGUACUUUACUCCUACAAAGAGCUGAGAAGGGCUACUAAUGAUUUUAGUCCGACCAAUAAAAUUGGGGAAGGGGGGUUUGGUUCUGUUUAUAAGGGAAAAAUAUGGAAUGAGAAAAUGGCUGCCAUAAAAGUUCUCUCUCCCGGAUCAACACAAGGAGUAAAAGAGUUUCUAACAGAGAUUCAAGUGAUCUCUGAUGUACAGCAUGAAAAUUUAGUUAAGCUUUAUGGAUGUUGUGUUGAAGGAAAUCACAGAAUUCUCGUUUACAACUACCUAGAGAAUAGCAGCCUCGCACAAACGCUUAUUGGUGGACGUCAUAGUAGCAUCCAGUUUAGCUGGCAAACACGGGUUAAAAUUUGUGUUGGAGUUGCAAAGGGACUUGCUUAUCUUCAUGAGGAAGUGAAACCGCCUAUUGUCCAUCGGGAUAUCAAAGCUAGCAAUAUUCUUCUCGACAAAGAUUUGAGCCCUAAGAUUUCAGAUUUCGGUCUUGCAAAGCUCAUCCCUGUCGACAUGACUCAUGUCAGUACGCGUGUGGCAGGAACCAUAGGUUACUUAGCACCAGAAUACGCAAUGAAAGGCCAGCUUACAUGCAAGGCUGAUAUUUACAGUUUCGGUGUUCUUCUCAUCGAGAUAGUCAGUGGUAGAUGCAACACGAACUCAUGGUUACCAGCUGAAGAAAAAUAUAUUCUUGAAAGGGCAUGGCAACUUCAUGAAAGACGGGAGAUUGUAUCACUAGUAGAUACAGCACUUAAUGGAGAUUUCGACCCUGAACAGGCUUGCAGAUUCUUAAAGAUCGGUCUUAUCUGCACUCAAGAUUUUCCAAAACUUCGACCAUCUAUGUCGACUGUUGUCCAAAUGCUAACCAGGGAGAAGGAUUUUGAUGAAAAUAAGAUAACAAAGCCGGGAUUAAUCACAGAUCUCAUGGACCUAAACAUUAAAAGUGCCCCUAAAACCAAAGCUCAAAUCAAUCACAGCCCUUCCAAUUUCGUAUCAUCUGGCUCUGAUAAUUUGGACUCUUCAACUUUGUCCCCAGGACCUUCUUCUCAGGCCACCUUCACAUUUACAGAAGUAUAUGAUAGGAGCGUUUGAAUUGAAAAAAAUCCUGCUUAGUCUUACGAUUUUGUGAAGAUUGGUUAGAUUGUAUAAAAAUUGUUGUAUUUAUUUAUUUUAUUUUUUUUAAUUGAGUUUUAAGGUUUGUAUUUUUUGAACUUUUCGGGAUAUACAUUGGUGCCAUAUGAAUUCACUGGUAGGUAACAAAUUUAAUUCUAA